GCUCUGGAAUAAGGAAAACUCUAUUCUCGAAAACAUGUCGACAGGCGAAAACUUGGAGGCUCGGUUUGAAAAAAUCGAUGUGAUGUUAAAGGACCCCAAAUCUGAAGUGAACUGUGACUGCUUACUGGAUGGAUUAGAUGCUUUGGUGUAUGAUUUGGAUUUUCCUGCCUUAAGAAAAAACAAAAAUAUAGACAACUUUUUAAACAGAUAUAAAGACACAAUUAAUAAAAUCAGAGAUUUGCGCAUGAAAGCUGAAGAUUAUGAAGUCGUGAAGGUGAUUGGCAGAGGUGCAUUUGGGGAAGUUCAGCUGGUAAGGCAUAAAUCUUCAAGGAAGGUAUACGCUAUGAAACUGCUGAGCAAGUUUGAGAUGAUAAAAAGAUCAGAUUCUGCAUUCUUUUGGGAAGAAAGGGACAUUAUGGCUUUUGCUAAUAGCCCCUGGGUUGUUCAGUUAUUUUAUGCAUUCCAAGAUGACCGUUACCUUUACAUGGUGAUGGAAUAUAUGCCUGGUGGGGACCUUGUGAAUUUAAUGAGCAACUAUGAUGUUCCUGAGAAAUGGGCAAGAUUUUAUACUGCAGAAGUUGUUCUUGCGUUGGAUGCAAUUCACUCAAUGGGCUUUAUUCACAGAGAUGUAAAGCCUGAUAAUAUGCUGCUGGAUAAAGCUGGUCAUUUAAAACUAGCAGAUUUUGGUACUUGUAUGAAGAUGAAUAAGGAAGGUAUGGUACGAUGUGAUACAGCUGUUGGAACACCGGAUUAUAUUUCUCCUGAAGUAUUAAAAUCCCAGGGGGGUGAUGGUUACUAUGGACGAGAAUGUGACUGGUGGUCAGUUGGGGUCUUUUUGUAUGAAAUGCUUGUUGGUGAUACACCUUUUUAUGCGGAUUCCUUGGUUGGAACAUAUAGUAAGAUUAUGAACCAUAAGAACUCUCUUACCUUCCCUGAUGAUAAUGAUAUCUCUAAAGAUGCAAAAAACCUUAUAUGUGCCUUCUUAACUGACAGGGAAGUGAGGUUAGGACGAAAUGGUGUAGAAGAAAUCAAACGACACCUCUUCUUCAAAAAUGAUCAGUGGGCUUGGGAAACUCUUAGAGACACUGUAGCACCAGUUGUUCCUGAUUUAAGUAGUGAUAUUGACACUAGUAACUUUGAUGAUUUGGAAGAAGACAAGGGAGAGGAAGAAACAUUCCCUGUACCAAAAGCAUUUGUUGGCAACCAGCUACCUUUUGUAGGAUUUACAUACUACAGCAACCAUCAGUAUUUAUCUGCCUCUACAGAAAAUUCAAAUGACAACAGAACAAGUUCCAGUACAGAUAAAAGCCUGCUGGAAAAUAUGCAGAAAACUAUCUAUCAGUUGGAAGAGCAGCUUCAAAAUGAAAUGCAAUUGAAAGAUGAAAUGGAGCAAAAGUGCAGGACUUCAAACAUAAAACUAGACAAGCUAAUGAAGGAACUGGAUGAAGAGGGAAAUCAAAGAAAAAAUUUAGAAUCAACAGUAUCUCAGACUGAGAAGGAAAAGAUGGUGCUGCAACAUAAAAUAAAUGAAUACCAUAGAAAAGUUGAACAGGAAAAUGAAAAAAGACGGAAUGUAGAAAAUGAAGUGUCCACAUUAAAAGAUCAGUUAGAAGACUUAAAAAAAAUUAGCCAGCAUUCACAAACGACAAAUGAGAAGAUGACACAGUUACAAAAGCAACUAGAAGAAGCCAAUGACUUGCUAAGGACAGAAUCAGAUACAGCAGCAAGAUUGAGAAAGAGUCAUACAGAAACGAGCAAGACUAUAAGCCAGUUAGAAUCAUUAAAUAGAGAACUUCAGGAAAGAUGCAGAGUUCUAGAAAGCACAAAAUUGGAAGUGGAAAAGGACUAUUAUCAAUUGCAAGCAGCAUUGGAAGCAGAACGAAGGGACAGAAGUCAUGGAUCUGAAAUGAUUGGAGAUUUACAAGCUCGGAUUACAUCUUUACAAGAAGAAGUAAAAAAUCUUAAAAAUAAUCUUGAAAGAGUGGAAACGGAAAGAAAACAAGCACAAGACUCACUUAAUCAUUGUGAAAAGGAAAAGAAUAACUUAGAAAUAGAUUUAAACUAUAAACUCAAAAUAUUACAACAGCGGCUGGAUCAGGAGGUAAAUGAGCAUAAAGUGACUAAAGCUCUGUUAACUGACAAACAUCAAUCAAUUGAAGAGGCAAAAUCAGUUGCAAUGUGUGAAAUGGAAAAAAAAGUGAAGGAGGAGAGGGCAGCAAGAGACAGGGCAGAAAAUCAAAUAGUUCAGAUUGAAAAACAAUGUUCCACGCUGGACUUUGACCUGAAGCAGUCUCAGCAGAAGCUUGAGCACCUCACUGAGCAAAAGGAGAGGCUAGAGGAUGAAGUUAAGAAUCUAACACUUCAGCUGGAACAAGAGACAAAUAAGCGACUAAUGACACAGAAUGAACUGAAAACACAAGCUUUUGAGGCAGACAACUUGAAGGGUUCUGAGAAGCAGCUGAAACAGGAGAUCAAUACGUUGUUGGAAGCGAAGAGAUUAUUGGAAUUUGAGUUGGCUCAACUCACUAAGCAAUAUAGAGGAAAUGAAGGUCAGAUGCGGGAACUUCAGGAUCAGCUUGAAGCUGAACAGUAUUUUUCGACCCUUUACAAAACUCAGGUUAAAGAGCUUAAAGAAGAAAUUGAGGAGAAGAAUAAAGAAACUCAAAAAAAAAUACAGGAAUUGCAAAAUGAAAAAGAAACUCUUGCUGCACAAUUGGAUCUGGCUGAAACUAAAGCUGAGUCAGAACAGUUGGCCCGAGGUCUCCUGGAAGAACAGUAUUUUGAAUUGACUCAGGAAAGCAAGAAAGCAGCGUCAAGAAAUAGACAAGAAAUUACUGACAAGGACAACAUUGUAAGCCGGCUGGAAGAAACAAAUAAUACAUUAACCAAUGAUGUUGAGUUUCUAACAAAAGAAAAUGCAGAGCUCAUUGAAAAAAAUAAGAAACAGGAGGAAGAAUUUAAAUUGAAGAAAGAAGAGGAAAUCAACAGUAUUAGAAUGCAUUAUGAGAAGAAUCUUCAUACUGAAAGAACUCUUAAAACACAGGCUGUGAACAAAUUGGCUGAGAUAAUGAAUCGGAAAGAUUUUAAAAUAGACAGAAAGAAAGCUAAUAUACAAGAUUUGAGGAAAAAAGAAAAGGAAAACCGAAAGCUACAAUUGGAGCUUAAUCAAGAAAAAGAGAAAUACAAUCAGAUGGUAGUGAAAUACCAGAAGGAGCUCAAUGAAAUGCAAGCGCAACUAGCAGAAGAGUCAACAUAUAGGAAUGAGCUUCAGAUGCAGCUGGAUAGUAAAGAGAGUGAUAUAGAACAAUUGCGUAGUAAAAUUUUGGACCUUCAGCAAGGAAUGGACUCUACCAGUGUUGCCAGCCUCCAGCCAGAUGAAACUGAUGGAAACCUUACAGAGUCAAGAAUUGAGGGUUGGCUUUCGAUACCAAACAAAGGAAAUAUAAAACGACAUGGCUGGAAAAAGCAGUAUGUUGUGGUAAGCAGUAAAAAGAUUUUGUUCUAUAAUGAUGAAAAGGACAAGGACCAGUCCAAUCCAUCCAUGGUACUAGAUAUCGAUAAACUAUUCCAUGUUCGACCUGUAACCCAAGGAGAUGUAUAUAGAGCAGAAACUGAGGAAAUCCCUAAAAUAUUCCAGAUUCUGUAUGCUAAUGAGGGUGAAUGCAGGAAAGAUUUGGAAGCAGAAUCAGCACAGACAACGGAGAAAACUAAUUUUCUAAAUCACAAAGGUCAUGAAUUUAUUCCAACAUUAUACCACUUUCCAGCCAACUGUGAGGCCUGUGCCAAACCCCUCUGGCAUGUCUUUAAGCCGCCCCCUGCCUUGGAGUGUCGAAAGUGCCAUGUUAAGUGCCAUAAAGAUCACCUAGAUAAAAAGGAGGAAUUAAUUGCUCCAUGCAAAGUGAGUUAUGAUGUAACUACAGCAAGAGAUAUGCUGUUGUUGGCAUCCUGUCAGGAUGAACAGAAGAAAUGGGUCACGCAUUUAGUAAAGAAGAUCCCCAAGACCCCCCCAUCCAGUUUCAUUCGUGCUUCCCCUAGAACUAUGUCUGCAAGAUCCUCCGCAAAUCAGUCUUUCCGAAAAGUUGUUAAAAAUGCUUCUGGAAAAACUAGGUCAAAAGAUUGUGGAUCUAUGGGGGAAAGUAUCCUUUCAGAAAACUCCAGUUACUGCUAACCACAUGUACAAUACUUUAUGGAAUCUCAUGGGAUGCAGUCUGAGAAACUGGGCUGCUUUAACCACACAGAGCAGUGCAGACAGGCUGUUGUUCCUUUCAACACAACUAUCACAGGCUUCAGGGUUAAGAUUGCUGUUACUCUCUCCUCCUUGCUUUGGCACAAAAAGCACACUGAGGGUGUUUUAUUGCGGGUUUGCCUAAUGGUAGAUUAGAUUAAUUAUUACUAUGUAAUGCAAGUUAAAGCAAAUAACGCUUAGCUAGGUUUAUGAAAAAGGUGCUGCCUUUUUGGAUUUAUAAGAUAAUGCCUGUCAAUCAUGAUGAAAUGCAGUCAACUUUCCUCAUAUGAAUGAGAGAAAAGGACUGCUUUCCCUUUGGAGAGGAUAUUUAUAUCAAAAUCAGUACACAAACCUGAGCAGAGAAGGAAGAUAUCUCAAAAUGAGAAGAACUGAAAUUUCUUUGAAGACUGAGUUGUGCUCUUGAACACUGCAGAACUAGCUUAAAAAUGAAGCCGUAUACUCGAACUUCAGUGCCUUCACUGCAGAGCUCUUAACAGCGUUAAUGCUAAUCACCCAUAAUAGAGUGGAUCAAAGUGUUAAAUACUUUGCAUUAUGCUUUACAAAUACUGAUUCAGAAAGUGUGUAAAGGGAUGGGGACAACAAGCAUUUAAUCUAUGCAUUUUUGCCAAGCCAUACUGAAUUAUUUUACAAUUAGAGGCAUUAGAAACUAACUACAAAAGAACCAAGUCUGGAAGCAUAUUUCGGGGGUACAUGAUUUCUGUCAUUGUUUAACAUAUUGCCUUACCGUUUUAAGUGAUAACGUACAUUAAGUUAAUAGACAUUUAAGAAAUGUAUGCACUGUUUGAAAUAUAAAUUAUUCUUAGAACACUUUUAAUGGGUGUUGCAUUGCCCUUUUAGUGCCUUAUUUUGAGAUAAUUGUAUUAUUGCCAUGUCAAUAAGUGUAGAAAUCUCAAAAACCUAUUCUGCAUCAGUAGUUGUUACUGAACUUUAAUUGGUUUAAAGUAUUGUAGAUGCUAGAUGCAUUUCCUAAAUUGAAUACAAUCUUUGAAUGAAAACUUCUGUUACAAAGAAAGAAUUCUUAUUCAUAAGACAAGAGAUUUCCAGAAAAUGCAAAAAGCAUGUAACAGAGAAACAACAACAAACGAUACACCCAUGAAACUUUAAAAACUCCAGAUAUGUCAGGAAUUAAAGUAUAAAUGUUGUUAAACUCUUGCUUUGUAGCAGGGAUACAUUCAUGGUAUGGACAGUAUGGUUUUAUUUUAUUUUUUUUAACCAAAUACCUCCUCAGUAAUUUAUAAUGGCUUUGCAGUUGUGUAUUAAAUAAGAAGCACUGGAAAACUGAUUCGUCCUCGGGACGAUUUGCAUGUUUCAAGUGGUAUUGAAAGCCGCACUGAUGGAUAUGUAAUAAUAAACAUAUCUGUUAUGGUAAUGACUCUGUGCUCAUUCAAUGAGAAAUAAAAGUAAUUUAUGGAAGGA